AUGGCUGACGAUAACCCUCCAAAGCGCAUAAAACUAUCCUCCAACACCACAGAAAACACCACCAAUAACAAAUCCCCAAAGGAAAGUCCCCCCAUCCAAGACCUAACAUCCCUCCACCGAUCCAUCACACCCCCAUCCCCCCCAUCGCGAUCCCAAAGAAGAUCCCAAUCCCAAUCCCAAUCCCAAUCCCAAUCUGCCCCACCUCAACCUGUCAAAUCUACAGAAGAAGAAGUCAAUGAAAAACCACGACUAAUCCCCUCCCCCUUCCAACUCACCCACAUCCGCGAUCUAGCCGCCUCCUCGGACAACAAUGUGGACACGGUCCGAUUGCGCGAGAUCCUGGGUGAUCCGAUGAUCCGGGAGUGCUGGCAGUUCAAUUAUCUGCAUGAUGUGGAUUUCAUCAUGGGGCAGUUUGAUGAGGAUGUAAGACGUUUGGUGAAGGUGAAGAUCGUGCAUGGAUCUUGGAAGAGGGAUGCGCCGAAUCGGGUACGGAUUGAUGAAGCGUGUUCGAGAUAUCCGAAUGUGGAGGCUGUUGUUGCUUAUAUGCCGGAGGCGUUUGGGACGCAUCAUUCGAAGAUGAUGGUUCUCCUGAGACAUGAUGAUCUUGUGCAGGUCGUCAUUCAUACGGCGAAUAUGAUUCCCGGUGAUUGGACUAAUAUGUGUCAGGCGGUUUGGAGGUCGCCUCUUCUACCUUUGCAAAAGACCGAUGAUCGGGUAGAAGACUUAACCUUAGGUAGUGGUGCGCGGUUUAAGAGAGACCUACUGGCGUAUCUGACUGAGUACGGGCCUAAAAAGACAGGUCCGCUGGUUGAACAGCUUAGGAAGUAUGAUUUUGGAGCUAUUCGGGCCGCCUUGGUAGCUAGUGUGCCUUCGAAGCAGAAGGUCGAUGAUCUCGACUCGCAGAAGAAGACGCUAUGGGGAUGGCCGGCGUUGAAGGAUAUCAUGCGCCAAAUCCCUCCAGCUCAGAAGACCACUAAAGCUACUACACCACAUAUUGUUACUCAGAUAUCCUCCGUUGCUACGCUUGGCCAGACAGAUAAGUGGCUGAAAGAUGUCAUGUUUGCAUCCCUUUCGCCAGCAUCAACAUCUACUCGGCAACCCAAGUACUCUAUCAUCUUCCCUACAGCAGAUGAAAUCCGCCGUUCCCUGAACGGUUACGGUUCUGGCGGAUCAAUCCACAUGAAACUCCAAAGCGCUGCACAGCAAAAACAACUGCAGUACAUGCGACCAUACCUUCGACAUUGGGCGGGUGACCAUGACACGGCAGAGCCGAGUCAUACAUCCAAGCAAGACGCAGGUCGUCGUCGAGCUGCACCACAUAUCAAGACCUAUAUCCGUUUCUCGGAUGCAGAGAAAAUGGACACCAUCGACUGGGCAAUGGUCACAUCAGCGAACCUCUCCACCCAGGCAUGGGGAGCAGCCGUCAACGCUUCAGGGGAGGUGAGGAUCUGCAGCUGGGAGAUAGGAAUCGUCGUAUGGCCCCAACUAUACGUCCAGGACACCGAGUCAGCCACCAUGGUCCCCACGUUUAAACGAGACACUCCCGAACCCCUCGAAAACAAAGACAGCGAAACAACACCAGACACAGUAAUCGGCCUGCGCAUGCCCUACGACCUCCCCCUUACACCCUACGCAGCCCACGACACGCCCUGGUGUGCAACAGCGCAACACCUCGAACCAGACUGGCUCGGCCAAACAUGGACCCUCGACUAG